AUCCGCUCGGAUCUGCCAGAGUUAACCUUCUUUCUCUAUUCACCAUUGCUUUUCUCCAUUCCUUUCUGUACUAUAUACCUGAAUUAUUUUCCAUUCUUAUGUCUUCCUAAUCUAUCCAUUACCCCCUAAUUGUUCCAUUGUUGGAAUAUGAAAGCUCGAGCCGUUUCGGCCUCCGGGCUGGUGCAUGCUGCACGAAUCCCGCCUUCGGCAUUAGUUUGUUGGCAAUGCCUUCGCAAUGAUCUUUUCUCGAAUCAAAUCAACCUCCAGACACGCAAGUAUCAUCCCACACGUCGGAAAUCCGCCUCGCCGUUUGGGGCCGCCGUCUCCGCGGCCCAAACGAUCUUCAAGGGCCUACCAAAGGCACCGCCGGGGAUCUCGGUCGACCCGUUGAGGAUCGUGGGAAAAGAACUCAAGUUUUUGACCAAGAAUAUUCGCCAAUUGCUGGGAUCUGGCCAUCCCACACUAGAUAAGGUGGCUAAGUACUACACCAAGAGCGAGGGAAAACACAUGCGCCCCAUGCUGGUGCUGCUGAUGUCCCAGGCGACGGCGUUGACUCCUCGAAAUGGCCGGGCGACCUCCGCGCCUUCGAACACCGUGAACGAGUCCAUUAGCUCCUCCGCCGUGCUCGCCGAUACGAACCCCGACCUCAACCCGCUCGCAUCGUCUGCUGAAGGCCAAUACGAUUUUACCGGCGACGAGAACAUCCUGCCUACUCAACGACGGCUGGCCGAAAUCACCGAAUUGAUCCAUACCGCCUCGCUUCUUCACGACGACGUCAUUGACAAUGCGGUCACUCGUCGGUCCUCUAGUUCCGCCAACCUGCAGUUCGGAAACAAAAUGGCGGUGCUGGCCGGAGAUUUCCUAUUGGGCCGGGCCUCCGUCGCUCUGGCGCGCCUGCGUGACCCGGAGGUGACGGAGUUGCUGGCCACCGUUAUCGCAAACCUUGUCGAGGGAGAGUUCAUGCAACUGAAGAACACGGCCGCCGACGAGAAACACCCUGUUUUCACCGACGAAACCAUCUCGUACUACCUGCAGAAGACAUACUUGAAGACGGCCAGCUUGAUCAGCAAGUCCUGCCGUGCGGCCGCUCUGUUGGGUGACGGAUCGCCCGAGGUGGUCGAGUCCGCGUACUUGUACGGACGGAACCUGGGGCUAGCCUUCCAGCUUGUGGACGACAUGUUGGAUUACUCGAUCAGCGACGCCGAGCUGGGCAAACCUGCCGGAGCGGAUCUGGAGCUGGGACUUGCAACCGCGCCGCUUCUGUUUGCUUGGAAAGAGAACCCGGAGUUGGGUUCGAUGGUUGGCCGCAAGUUCAGCCGGGAGGGCGAUGUGCAACGGGCUCGUGAGCUCGUUUUCCAGAGUGAUGGCGUGGGCAAGACACGUGCCCUGGCCCAGGAGUACGCCGACAAGGCUGUUGCGGCCAUCAGCGGAUUCCCCGAUAGCGAAGCGAAGGCCGGUCUUAUCCAGAUGUGCGAGAAGACGAUGAACCGACGGAAAUAAAUCCGACUCGACGAAUUGCCUGACCAUAUGCGAGACCACGACUUAAGACGGGAUACCGCAGAGUCCAUGGAUAAUAUUAUCCGAGUGAGAAACCUCUCCUCUAUUGACACUUUUUCUUCGAACGAGGUCAAUGUACCACCACUAUUUUCUAUCUGUACCAUUGUAUUCGUGCCAGUUUGUGCCUAUGUUUACUCUUCCUUAUUACUUCGACCCUGUCCAAUGUUCUAUAGUUUGGUUUGUGUCGGGAUGGGUGAUUGGGAAUCCUUGUUCUUUUCUUUUUCUUUCUUUCUUCUCCCUUAUACAGGGGAUAGAAGUCCGAGGUGCAAUUGGGUAUUCCGUGAUAAACAGCUCAGUCUGGGUGUACAUAGUCUAGAAAGGAGAGCUACCUACCCAGCAGGUCCUAUAGAGGAAUUAUAGAAAAGGGAUGAAUCAUGAAUCAAUCCGUUUCAAACAGAGUACCUGGUGGGUACCUCCGCGGUACGGCCGAGGCUUCUGCCAGCUACCAAGUACAGUACGGUAAACUAUAAUACCUGAUAGUACAGGGCGGUCAGGGUCCAAAGCCGACGGGAUGAUAUUGUUCCGGCCCGGAAAUGACGGAUGGUUCGGCAGCGGCAUGAAAUCAUUGGGCGGUCUCAUCGGAGGUACAAACGGGGUACUUCCAGGUACUU